AAUUUGGAGAAUGCCUCCCGUGGCGACAAGGACAGGCCAAAGACAGCUCAAUCAAAACAAAGAAAAAGACAACAAGAGCCAUGCGGUGCUUUCAGAAGGUGACACAAGCCGUCAUGGGGAACGACGAUACCCGCCAGUCGGCUGUCCAAAGCGAGGUGUGACGGCUGGUCGGUCAUCAGGAGCAACAAACGUUUGGCCUCUGGACGCCAACCCACGGCUUUCUGAGAGAGGGACACAGUUGUUGGUGUUUACAGGACUGGAACAGAACGACUAAUGGAACUUUGUGGAGGCCUUGGGAGUGAAAGAACACAUGGACAUUUCAGGGGUUGUUGAUCUUGGUGGGAUGCACGUUGAUGUAAGGCGACACCGGCUUGUCCACAAAGGAACCGAACCCGAGCCAAAGGUCUGAGGAGUGCUCCUUCAUACGCAGAGACAGCGCUACGCCCACCGUCUUCAGCUGGAUGAGGAAAAUCAGCAAAGUGGAUCCAGUGAUGGGAGGAGGUCAGAGGUGAAACGGGAGCUUAUCAGGGUUGCCCCGAUCAAGCGCAGAGAAUACCAGCAAACCCAACACAAGAUGAGCAUGGAACUGAUUCGCCGCAGUGUACUUGAAGGCGUCAGUAUUGGUCCCCAUCUUGCCUCCUUUCCCCUCCAUUUCCAUUUCCCCACUGUGGACUUUAGACCACCGUUCUUUGGAAAGGAGCUCCAGAGCACGCGGUGUGUGCCUCGGUAACAGUGUGAAAGCAGCGAAUUUUCGGGGAGCUCCAGAGCACGCAGUGUGUCGGGGAGCUCCAGAGCACACGGCGUGUCGGUAACAGUGAAGAAGUGUGAAAGCAGAGCAUUUUUGAAAACCACCUUGCAAGGAGUCUCUUCGUGAUUCACACUAUGACAUGGCUCCCUCUAGUGGCCUCUAUUGUCAAGGCAUUGCUGUGAGACCGCUGGAAAGGAGACGCAAAUAUACAGGAGCAUACGCUGUAAGUGAACGUGUCCACUGGGAAGGCAAAUGUCGUUAUCCAGGGUUUCCAGACAAGACAAUGGAUGUUGCAGAUGUUGAGAAGCACCGAGAGGCAGACUUCUCCAGCUGGAGGUGGAGACAUGCCCGGGGCAGAAUGUGCUCCAGCCGCAAGAUCUUGUGGAGCCUUCUCCUUCUGUCCGUGGUGGAGGUGGGCCUGGGCGUGGCGAGCAUCGUGCUGGGAGCCGUUCGCAUCAGCUGGAUACGUGGGGAGCACAAUCCGCAACAGGGCGACGCUUCGCCGGUGUGGAGCGGACUUUGCUUUCUGCUAUGUGGCAUGUGUGGAGUGUUGUGUGCUCGAAAGAGGACCGGCCUUACUAUGAUUUUAUUCUCAGCCUGUUGCAUCUGUGGUCUGAUCGCCGGCAUCCUCAACUUCCAGUUUGUCCGGGCGCUGAGUAAACGGCCAGAUUCCAUGCAAUCCAUUCAUCUGGCUGCCAUGACUCUGGCCUGUCUGGGCAUCUCCUCAUGUACAUUAUCCACAUGGCUGACAUGUCGUCUCGCCAGCUCUGAGCAACAGAGGAUGUUCUUGGAGAGAGAACAUUCCCUGCAUCAUUCACACGAGAUGAGCGAGAAGGACGUCCUGGACAACUCCAGUAGUGGCGUCCCUCAGAUCUCCUACAAUGGACACGCUAGUGCGUCGCCAUGACGAUGUGAACCGGAACUUGAAUCGCUUGCUGUCGACAACUAAGUAAAAGCAUGGCUGCACUUGAGGCUACAAAUGCUUAGACAUAUAAUCUAACUUUAUCAGGAGGCGGACUCUGCGUGCAGCCGGUCAAGUGAGAUUGUUUUUUUUUUUUUAAUGGAGUUUAAACCAAACCAAAGAGAAUGUGACAUCAUCAAACCUUUAAAUUAACAGAAUAGAUGGAUUCCAGUGCCUCAAAGUGAAAAGCACAACUGGACCUGACUUGAUGUGUCUUAUAGCCCCUCUGUAAAUGUUUGCAUUUGUUUGUAUUGUAAUGAGAUAACAGUAUGCUUUUAAAAAACAGUUCAGUGAUGCACAAUGUAUUGCGUGGAUAUAUGUACAUACUUGCCAUUACAUUAGGUACACUGCACAAUCUGUGAGUCUAUGUCCGGCAUAUAGAUUAAUCUAUCAGUAAAACAUAUUUUUAUAAUAAGUACAUAAGUGCUU